GACGCAAUGUCUACAGUGGCUCGGUUGCUCCAGAUCCUCUACCAGACGCGCGAAGUCGCCCAAGACGGUCUCACGGAUGAUAUCCUUGUGGAAGAGCCAGUCCUGGGCCAAGUCCGGCGCGUGGCCGUCGCCCUCGACGAGAAGGGAUACUCGAAGGAAGCGGGUGCCUUGAACACCGUGGUUACGAUCUGCUGUCUGUCUCCUGAGUUUGGGGGUCUCGGGCUCGCUGUCGACAGCACGGUUCUCGCGCCAGAGCAGGAGUCGGAGAUCUUGUUCCUCGUCUCGGCGUGGCUGGAAGCCCUCAAUUCGGCGGACCGAGCAGAGUCGGUGCCGCCGCCGCUUCUGACACGGCCGGCCGGCAGGCGAGGUAUGACGGUCAGCGAAAAGAUCUUUGCCAUGCACGAUGUCGACCAGAAGGGGUGGGUGGCGCCGAGCGAGCUCAUUCGCGUCAGAGUAGAUUGGGUGAUUGCGUCGGAGGCAUCUUGGGGGGGGAUGGAAACCACAUACAACCUCCUGGGAAAGCCAGGAAUCUUUCGCAAUGAUCGGUUCUGGCUCGCGGGAGACCAUGUGGUGGACCCGCGAGUUAAACACGUUCCUCAGGUGAAGGCUAUGAUCGACGCGAGUGAAAGGGCCAAACAUAGCUUCAAAAUGACGGAAUACCAGGGGAUGAAUUAUACCAUCCUCCAUACCGAGUUCUACCGCGAGCGAGUCCAACCUGGUAUGUUAGUGAUUGGGUCUGACUCCCAUACCACUUCGUCGGGGGCGCUUGGUUGUCUGGCUAUCGGGCUUGGUGCUGCAGAUGUCACCCUCCCUCUGGUAAUCGGCGAGACAUGGUUCCGCGUACCUGAAACGGUCAACAUCCGUCUUGUUGGGGCUCCGAACCCUGGCAUCAGCGGGAAAGAUACCGUGCUCUAUAUCUUGCAGCAGCUCAAGAGAAACACCGUUGCCGCAGACCGGGUCGUGGAAUUCACAGGACCUGGGGUCCGGCAUCUUUCUUGUGAUUCUCGGUUUGCUAUCGCCAACAUGACCACGGAACUCGGUGGUAUCACCGGUGUGUUUGUCCCUGAUGAAGCAACAUUCGACUUCGUCCAGAAACGACGGCUAUCCCAACACAAGAAGAGUUCUGUCUACUUCAAGCCCGACGAAGAUGCAGAGUACGCAGAAACACAUGAGAUCGAUCUUGCUCAGGUACGAUCCUUUCUCGCCCGGUAUCCAAGCCCAGACGAUGUAGUUCCCGUUGCACAGCACCAAGGCAUGGAGCUCGACGGCUGCUUCAUCGGCGCCUGCACCACUACGGAAGAGGAGCUGAUCCUGGCCGCACUCGUUCUGGAACAGGGCCUGCAGCAGGGCCUGCGGCCCGUCAAGAAGGGCAAACGGAAGGUCGUCCCCGGUUCUCUACCAAUUCUGCACAAGCUGCGCCAGCUAGGGCUUGUUGAGAUAUAUGAGGAAGCAGGUUUCGAGCUCGGGGUCCCUGGGUGCAGCUAUUGUGUCGGCAUGUCCGCCGACCAGGCCGGUGUCGGGGAGGUCUGGUUAUCUUCACAGAAUCGAAAUUUCGAAAACCGAAUGGGAAAGGGCUCGAUUGGAAACCUGGGAUCCGCCGCUACAGUAGCCGCAUCAUCCUUUGAUAUGAAACUAACCGAUCCACACUCACUACUACGCGCAAUUGAUCUAGAGCGCUGGAACUCCCUUCGAGCUGCGCCAAUCUCUGCUAAAGCCUUGAAUGAAGGCUCCGGCCCAGUAUAUGUUGAACCUAGCGGUUCACCUGCUGUGAAACCAUUUACAAAAGGAACUGCCAGCCAUAUAGAAAAUUUGACGGUUGCCGAGUCUAUCAAUACACGUACUAGAACAAGCGCGGAAGAGCCAUUCCUGAAAGGCAGAGUGAAUCGCCUCGGCGACUUUAUUGACACUGAUGCUCUGGCUCCGGCUGAGUUCCUCGUCACCUGCCCAACCAACGAAGCCAUCGGCGCCCAUUGCCUUGAAUACUCGCACCCUGACUUUCGGCAACGGGUCAAAGAUGGCUUCAACAUCGUCGUCGCCGGCACGGCCUUUGGUUGUGGUUCGUCGCGAGAGCAAGCCGUCUCUGCACUGUUAGGCUGCGGGGUCCAAUGCGUUAUCGCCAAGUCCUUUGCUUUCAUCUUCUCGCGCAACAUGCCCAAUCUCGGCCUCCUGGGGAUCCGGAUGACGGAUCCGGCAUUCUUUGAGGCCGCGCAGGACGGUGCAGAGAUCGAGAUCAAUCUCGACGACAGCGUCGUCCGCAUCAGUGGACAGACUUAUCCCUUUCAGUCCACCCAGAUGGAGAGGGAGCUCUUUCAGCUUGGGGGGAUUGCGUCGGCGUUUGGACAUUUCGGGAAGAAACUCUUCGAGGUCAUGUGUACGCCGAAGAGAGUUGAUUCAAGUCAGUCGGUAGUAUUGGAUUUGAAACCAAAAACUGGAGGGUCGGUUCCCAAAGCGAUGCAGUGGUAAUGAAUCACUAUUCUGUGAUGAUCCGGGUCCAUUCCAGUCUAUAUAGUUAUUCUCUUCUAUCAAGAUGGAUUGCAGAUACUAUACUUCGAAAUUUGGAUAUUAUUAAUAAUUAUGAAUCCCUAAUUCUGAUGAAAGCUGAUGACGAUGGUAUAUCAAAGGAUGAACCUGCAUCCAUACCCCCAUACUAAGGCAGCGAAGCUGGCAGAUGAAUGGCGUCACAUCUAUAAGAAACAGGUGAAGUGAGAAAGGCGGCGAGAGAACAGUAACUAAUGAAACUCACAUCAGGAUAAAUUUAACUAUAGCACAGUAAAUAUAGACCUUUAAGCUAUUAUUCUCUAUGAUAAAAGAAC